GCAGGGAAGCCUGUGAUGUCAGACGUUAGGGAAAAAAAACAACAACCAAAAUUCCAAGAAACAGCCCACCCAGCAACAUGGCACAUGCAGCUCAACUCAAUAUCCUGGAGCAGAACUGCCCCAUCCAGGUGGAGCACGAUCGCAGGAGGAGACAAUUCACAGUGCGGCUGAAUGGUUGCCAUGACAGGGCAGUGUUGCUCUACGAGUACGUGGGGAAGAGGAUAGUGGACUUGCAGCACACGGAGGUACCAGACGCCUACCGAGGAAGAGGAAUAGCCAAGCACCUGGCUAAGGCAGCCCUGGACUUUGUGGUCGAAGAGGACCUACGAGCUCACCUGACGUGCUGGUACAUUCAGAAAUAUGUCAAGGAGAACCCCCUGCCGCAGUACCUGGAACACUUACAGCCUUAACGCAGGAGGCUGCGGAGCCCGGACUGCUCUGGCAGCAGCACGCCCUGCCCCUGACUGUCCGAUGCGGCCUUCGCUUCUGCGCGGUCUCAGGAAGCCCCACGCGCUCUCAGAAUCCUUAUUUUUGUAAGUGCGGACGUGGGGACUGUGACCCUCCCAAAUAGCGCCGGGGCCCUGGUAAUGCACAGCAGCCGGGCCCUUCCACGGUUGGGCUGGCUCAAGAUUCUGUUGACAGCAGCCUCCCCUGUCACCGCGCCAUGGGGUGGAAGGCGAUGGCUUCUGUCGGCCUCCUUCAGCAGCGUCCUCACCCCUGCAGCUCGUCGAAAGCAAGAAGCCGGCGGGCGGAUGUCGGCUUGGGGUAGCCAUCGGGCUCCACCUCUCCUCCAGGAACGUGUGGGGCUGCUGCAGAUUAACCCAUCCUGAGCUGAAGGGGGAUUGUGGAGAGGGGCAGGGUCUUACCCACCUUUCGUCACGGCGGGGAUGGAAGAGUCCGAUGAUAAAGCCUGACAAGCCCAGCCGGUGCCAUUUGCUGUGUGGGCGGGAGCUGGAGAGGAGCGCGUUCCGGCCGGUUAGCUCCCUUCGGGCAAAGCAAGGAGCAUUAGCAUCAAGUCCCAGAGGGUGGACGAUUGGGUCUUAGGGGACUCUCUCUGCGUGCUCUAGAGCCAUUGGGGCCUUGAUGCCGUCUGUCCCUGAAAGGGGACCUAUGUGAGAUGGUCUGUCGUCAGCCUCUGUCAGGGGCGGGCAGCAUCGCGGAGGGGUGCUCGAGAGCAGUGGCCCAGCCCAGACCUCCUUUCAGUAGCCCAGUAGCUUGAGGUGUGGGCAAGGGAAGGGAGGUUAUAAACUUUGCAACCCCAUCAUGGACAGGAGUGUUUUGAGCCAAUCUCUCGUUUUGCUGGAUCCUCAACUCCACCCUGAAGGGGGGGACGUUUCCCUUCUGGGGCUGGAGCAGUAACGGACAGGAAUGCCUGCCAUGGCCGCGGGCUUUGCUUCUCUGCCUCUUUCGGAGUCUGAGGGGAGGUGAGUGACAAGGAAGGGACAGAGGCGCCGUCAGCAAGGGGAACACAAGGGUCCCAUGGAUGAGCUAAGCAGGUGCCACCAUCCCAGCCAAGCGCACAAAUGUACACACCACGCUGAGCCAAGCAGGACGUGAUCCUUGAGGUGUUCAGGCCAAGCCCGAGGGAGGGAGAAGAGAAUGCGUCCAAUCCCCGUGGAGAAGCAGGGGUGAGGCUGUUGCAUUCAAUGCCAAAUGCUGACUCCCCUGCCCAAGCUCUGCUCUUCCACUGACUUACUGAGCCCCCUUCCCCACACCCCUGCCCUUUGGGAGGCUGGGGCCAGGAGCAGAACGUCCCUGCAGGGCAGGGGUCAGGGAUACAGAUGCAGCACGUGAGUCGAGAGAUGCUGCUGCCACCGCCGUUCAGUCAAUAGCGUAGGCCUGGGGUUUGCACAGGGAUCACUCACUGGUCACGUCCCUCUCCGCUCCCCUACCCGGCAUUGUCUGCUAACCUCUACUGCUAGGGAACCCGGGCCCCCUGGUGGCUGAAUCCAAGAGCUGCCCGCCCAAGGGGGAGGUGUCAGACUUUUGUCCUCCCCUUUUCGUGCAGCAGCGGAGGGCUGACAUGCCAGGUGGGGAGCGAGGGGUGUGUUCUGCUCCAUCCCAGUCUCUCACACUGAUCAUUUAGACUUGGGGGGG